AGUGCCUAAAGACGUAUGUUAUUUCUGUAUUACAAGAUCGAGUUGAUGUUAAUUGUGCUUGUCCAAGUUAUCCUUGUAGUCAAAGUGGCCAGUUGACUGACUCAGAGAUAAGAGAAUUACUACCUUCUGAUGUUUACGAACGAUUUUCCAUAAAGAAGCUUCAGCGAGGUUAGUUUGUUAUCCAUUUUCUCAACUGAAACAUAAAUAUUAAGAAAUUGAACAGAAUGUGAACCUAACAUUUUGCCCAGCAGUAAAUUGUGGUGCUGUUUGUCAAGUUCCUUCUAGUUUAAAAGUGCCCAUGCCAAAUGGAUUAAAUCCACCCACCAAAAAUAAUGGGCAUUUUCUGGAACGCUUUACUAGAUGGUACAGAAGAUAUCUUUGCAGUUCACCAGAAGAUACCACUCACAUUUCUCCUAGUACCAAAGGUGCGCGUUUUCGUGUCGAUCACACCUUGAAGAUUCAAAACGACACAAAUUACAAGUCUAGUGGUAAUUUUGUAAAUGAAAACAACGAAGAUUGUGUAAAGAUAACUACCAGUAAACCUGUGGAAGCUAAAGAUUUAACCCAUAUACCCGAAAAGCAGAAGGUGAUGUGUCAUGUGAGCCCUGGUCGCCCAGCUGUACGUGUCGUAUGUAAACAGUGCUCCCAUGAAUUUUGCGCUCGAUGUCAUUUAAACUGGCACAUUGGAGUUGGACCUUAUGUAUGUGAAGAAUAUCCUCGUACUGUUGUGAAAGGAAAUAAAAUUUUAAAUACUCAAUCUCCAAGUCAACAAAAUUUACUUGAAAUUUCGGAGAAAAGUGUGAAUACCCCUAAUCAUGUUAAUUUUCAUCCAGACCCAGAUUCUAUUACAUUUGAUGAACACAAUCCACAGAUUAUAACGCAAGAUCCAGAACUCACUAAGUUAUCAUCCUUAAGAAAACAGCCAGGAAAAAAUAGACUAAAUAAAAUCUCUCUUCGGCGAUCCAAAAGAAAACGAAAUGAUUAUUUACAGAGUCAUAUUGGUGUUCAUCUUCCCAAUCCAGAGGUCAAUGAUACAAUUGAUGUCUCCGUUCUAGCUGUUGGGUUUCCUCCAUAUUCUCCUGAUGACUGGCUGAAGCGUUGUCCUGCUUGUCUAGUUCCUAUUGAACGUAUCGAAGGUUGUGCUCAAAUGAUGUGUCGGUCAUGCAAACAUACUUUUUGCUGGUAUUGUUUGACUUCAUUAGAUGAUGACUUCCUUCUCCAACAUUAUGAUGACGGGGCGUGUAAAGGAAAACUUGGUCAUUCUCGUGCAUCAGUAAUUGGUCAUCGAGUUUAUAAAUUCUUAGUUUUGAUUCAUCAUCGAUCAGGAAGUUAUGUAUAGUUCAUAAUCGUUUUCUUUUUUCGUCGUUUACACAAUUCAAUAAUCAAUGAUCUUGUCAAUUUCUUUUUGUGUGUGUAUACUUAGUAUACGGAAAAAAAAGUAGGAAAGAAAACAUAUCUCAACGUCUACAUUGUUUUAUUCCUUGCUACCUUAUAUAAUUAAUAUCCAUAGUAGUAAUAUCUGUUUGUUUACUUAUUGUUCAAUUUUCUAUAUUGUUAAAAUAAUAUCC